AUGUCAGGCUCAUCGGAGCAGUGCCCGUAUCAGGUGCUCGGAGUGGGCCCCGACUCUACGCCAAGAGAUAUCAAAGCAGCAUAUCGAGCUAGGUGAGUUCUGAGUCGAUAAAUAUAUGCUGCGCCGGCAGGACAGUUCUUGCAGCUGCGCACUCACCACCAUGCCCGCCCAGCAGAGCAUUGCAGACUCAUCCGGAUCGAGCGGAGCCACACAGAAGGGCGUCCAGCGAAGAGCAUUUCAAGGUCAUACUUCGGUGAGCUGAGCGAUGAGAUUCGAGCAACGAGCAACAUUUGCUCGGUGUCAAGAAAGACCACACUCACGACUCGCAGCGUCGACGUUCCCUGCUUGCUGGUGCAGAGCCUACGAACUUCUCUCCGACCCAGUGCGCAGAGCUCAAUACGAUCGAAUUUGCACAGCGCAACUUUGUCCUGCACAAGCAUCCACGCCUCAAUCAGCAGCUCCUCACCUGCAGCCGCAGCCGCAGCAGCAGCAGCAGCAGCACAAACGACAUGGAAAAGCAGCCUCAACUUCAGCGAGCUCAAAUCAUGCGCCCUUUCCCGGGAUUCCCCGCGCUUUCCCAAACAGCCCUCCAGCUCCGCCACCAAUGUCAGGCUUUCAGACCUUUGCGUGGCCGAACCAGAUGCCAGCCUGGGCACCUCCUCCUAGCGAGCCGCCCCCCAACUUUCUGAGCAGAAUGGACACCUCUACAAAGCCUCCUGCGCCUGCCUUUCAAGACCUGCGCUUUGGUCAUCAGCCAUACGACGAGGCAACAACAUUGGGCCAGCCCCUUCGGCCGCCGCUCCACAGCGCGUUCGACCCGGAUCAUUUCUACGACCCGUCUUUCAGCGGGAGCGGGAAAGAGUCGAGGCAGGAUGACUGGGUCCACCCAUCCAGAUUUGCAAGGUACGCCUCCUCAUUCAGCACACUUCACGCUGCACCGCACGAGUCAGGCGCAGCGUGGAACUCUGCUAGGCGAGGACAAUCUGCAGCAGCGACUCUUCCGUCCGCACCUCGUCUGAGCCCCACAGCGAGGCACUGCUUCUCCACUUUUCGCCUCAGUGCCACCCUCACGGGCAUGCGGCGUGAUGAUGGUCUGGUGUUCGAUGGAUCGGUAAGUGCGAAUGGGACAUUGUCCUGGCAGCGCGCUCCAACAUCGGUCACAUCUGACGCACCGAACAGUAGCUCCACGCCGAGUAUAGGGAAAAGUGACCCAGCCCUCAUCUGCCGAGCCAUUGGCUACGGUGAGGCCACUCGCUAUGCUUUUGAACCUGGUCAAAAGCCGCGCAAGGCGCGCGCCAGUGCGCGAAUUGGUGGUGCCUUCGCUCGUCGGAAUAGCAUCAGAGGGCCAGCGGUCAACAGCGAAGGGGUCGCCGCGACAAGACUCUUCCAAUCAGCCUAGCUUUGACCUUCCCCAGGCAGAAGGGUCAUUAGUGGUCCGCACAUUUCUGCCUGUUUCGCAAAGACGCCGCAGAACCGCUUCGACCCAGCCUCUGCUCCAUCUUUGUCCGCGCGCUUCUCACCUUUGGCCCAGGGCCACGAACGCUGCAGGCCUUUAACAUGGGCAAUCGAUUGAGAUUUACAUCCGCAGCAUUAUGGCAAAAGCUGAACAUGAGUGGCCGACCCGAGGCGAAAGGCAAAUGCAUGGCGAGAGGCGCUGUAGGGAAGACUGCGCCCGGUUGCGGAGCCGGCGUUCCUCUGCCGGAGAGAAACGAGGGAACAUGGGGGCCCUGGCACAGGGAAAAGUCGGGCAUUGGUAUUGGUUUUGCGUGA